UCCUCCGCGCCGCCGCCAGCGCCGAGCUCCGGGCCCUGGCCGCAGCCCCGCUCGCUCGCCAGCUCCGAGCCCCGAGGACCGCGAGCCCAGAGACCCAAGCCACGCGGAGAAGGAGCGCGGAGCGCGGAGCCCGCGGGCCAGAGACCGAGCAGGAGGGCACCCCCGGCCAGUGGAACCGAGUGCAGCCGAGCGCAGCGCCGCGGCCACCCCAGGUCCAGAACAACAGCCCUUGCUGAGGAGCCUCCAAAACAAAGCGAGGAGGACAUGGCCACCAAGGAGAAGCUGCAGUGUCUGAAAGACUUUCACAAAGACAUCCUGAAGCCAUCCCCAGGGAAGAGCCCAGGCACGCGGCCCGAAGAUGAGGCCGAGGGGAAGCCGCCUCAGAGGGAGAAGUGGUCCAGCAAGAUCGACUUUGUGCUCUCCGUGGCUGGCGGCUUUGUCGGCUUGGGCAACGUCUGGCGUUUCCCGUACCUCUGCUACAAAAAUGGUGGAGGUGCAUUUCUCAUACCGUAUUUUAUUUUCCUGUUUGGCGGCGGCCUGCCUGUGUUUUUCCUAGAGGUAAUCAUAGGCCAGUACACCUCUGAAGGGGGCAUCACCUGCUGGGAAAAGAUCUGCCCCUUGUUCUCCGGCAUCGGCUACGCCUCCAUCGUGAUCGUGUCCCUCCUGAACAUAUACUACGUCAUCAUCCUGGCCUGGGCCACAUACUACCUGUUCCAGUCCUUCCAGUCGGAGCUGCCCUGGGCACACUGCAACCACAGCUGGAACACACCCCAGUGCAUGGAAGACACUAUGCGCAGGAAUAAGAGCCUGUGGGUCACCCUCAGCGCCAACAACUUCACCUCGCCUGUCACCGAGUUCUGGGAGCGCAACGUGCUGAGCUUGUCUUCAGGAAUCGACGACCCUGGCUCCUUGAAGUGGGACCUUGCUCUCUGCCUUCUCCUUGUCUGGCUGGUCUGCUUCUUCUGCAUCUGGAAGGGCGUCAAGUCCACGGGGAAAGUCGUCUACUUCACGGCCACUUUCCCGUUCGCUAUGCUCCUGGUGCUGCUGGUCCGUGGACUGACGCUACCCGGGGCAGGUGCAGGCAUCAAGUUCUAUCUGUACCCCGACAUCAGCCGCCUCGAGGACCCGCAGGUGUGGAUUGAUGCUGGGACCCAAAUAUUCUUCUCCUAUGCCAUCUGCCUGGGGGCCAUGACCUCUCUGGGGAGCUACAACAAGUACAAGUACAACUCGUACAGGGACUGUAUGCUGCUGGGAUGCCUGAACAGUGGUACCAGUUUUGUGUCUGGCUUCGCAAUUUUUUCCAUCCUGGGCUUCAUGGCACAAGAGCAAGGGGUGGACAUUGCUGAUGUGGCUGAGUCAGGGCCUGGCCUGGCCUUCAUUGCCUACCCAAAAGCCGUGACCAUGAUGCCGCUGCCCACGUUUUGGUCCAUUCUCUUUUUUAUUAUGCUUCUCUUGCUUGGACUGGAUAGCCAGUUUGUUGAAGUCGAAGGACAGGUCACGUCCUUGGUCGAUCUUUACCCAUCCUUCCUAAGGAAGGGUUUCCGUCGGGAAAUCUUCAUCGCCUUCGUGUGCAGCAUCAGCUACUUGCUGGGGCUGGCGAUGGUGACGGAGGGUGGCAUGUAUGUGUUUCAACUCUUUGACUACUAUGCAGCUAGCGGAGUAUGCCUUUUGUGGGUUGCAUUCUUUGAAUGUUUUGUUAUUGCCUGGAUAUAUGGCAGCGAUAACCUUUAUGACGGUAUUGAGGACAUGAUUGGCUAUCGGCCUGGGCCGUGGAUGAAGUACAGCUGGGCCGUGGUCACUCCAGUUCUCUGUGUUGGAUGUUUUAUCUUCUCUCUCGUCAAGUACAUCCCCCUGACCUACAACAAAGUCUAUGUGUACCCCACCUGGGCCAUCGGGCUGGGCUGGAGUCUGGCCCUGUCCUCCAUGAUGUGUGUCCCCUUGGUCAUGGUCAUCCGCCUCUGCCAGACAGAAGGGCCGUUCCUCGUGGUGAGCACAUGGGGCCGAGGCUGGAUGUGGGGGAUAUGGGAGGGUGAGAGGGGGGAAGGGUGAAAGUCAGCUACCGGCUAUUGGCUUUCGGUUUGCUGUGUGACCUUGGGCACAUCGCUGGCCUCUCUGGGUCCUGCACCCUUUGCCUGCCCUGUGGAGGGGUUGAGAUUGUGGGCAGGCACAUGGGGGAACAGGAAAAAAGAACAGUUCACGGGGACAAAGGCUCUGUGGUGAGGUUCGGAGCAGGGCUGUGGGCAGGAGGAAGAAUUUGCCAGGCAGAGAAUGAGACAUGGAAGGCCGUGAUGCCCGGUGCAUUCACAGGCAAGGACGUGUGACAGCACUUGGGCAGCAGUGACAUGUUCUGGGGGGUGGGUGAUGGCUCUGGACAGGUGACUGUGGUUUUGCAUGCCAAGCUAGGAGCUAGGGCUUUAUCCUGGGAGCAGUGGGGGCCAUGUUGCUGAAGCCAUAAGACAAGAGACAAGGAGCCGGGAAGGAAGCCUGAGCUCCACCCAGAGGCCUUCUCUUACCCUGAAGCCAAGGUUUGGAUAAGCCCAACCCAUGUUGGUGUCCCUCCCUUCCCCACAUCUGUGGCCCCGUCUGCUGCCGGAGACAGAACCUCAGGCCCCCAGGUCCCUGUGCCUGCCAGGCUCCCACCCCGAGGCUCCCUCCUUACCACCAACCCCUCAGAAAUUUCUCCCAACAAUACUGCAGAUUCCAGGCUAUGGCAAAAGCUGAGGCUCUUUCCAAGAAAUCCUUUUCUUAGAAUCUCCCUUAACCUUUGGGCUUGGGCCAGCUCCAAGACUACACUGUUUUGUUCUGGGCUGUUUUUAUUGUUAUUCUCUUAAAAAUCUGGAGCCAGGAUGUCCUGGGGCCCUGGCUCCGCCUUGGGCUGGGCCAGUUUCCUUGUGGGCAGGGGAAUGGCCUGGAGGUGGUGGUGGUGGGGGGAGAGGGGCGGCCCUGGGCAGAAAGGGAGCAGCCUGCCCUAGACAGAGGAAGUAGGCGGGGGCGUGCCGGGGAGGAAAACAGGCGAUGAAGCCGGGGGCUGUCUGAGCCAGGACAGCCCUGGGGCCCUUGGGGGUUCCUGCAGCAGCGGACCCAUUGUAAUUUGUCAGGAUACAGGGAAGGACCCCAGUGUUCAGCCAGAAUACUGGUAAGCCCUAUGAUUUGUUAAAAUCCUGAACUACUGGGUCUGGGGACAGAUGGGCAAUUGCUACGGCCCUGAGCCCUCCACAUGUCCCCCCCAAACACUCUAUGCCAACCUAGCCCCUCCCUGGCAAUUUCCAGAAUGUCCCUACUACCAAGAAACUGAAGGGGUGAUUGGGGCGCAGCAGAGGGUCCUAAAUGUCUGUACCGAUAGGUCAGUGCCCACAGCAGUUGCAGAUUCAACCGUGGAGGGGGGACACCUAACGCUAACUGUGUCCCU